AUGAAACUCUACGACGCACAAGCUCCCAAUCCCUACGCUGUCCGGUUAUUUGUUCUUGAGCGCGGCGGCCUAGAGUUCGACGUCCAGAGUAUCGAUAUUAUGAACCUAGAGAACCGGCGGCUUGCAUACCGAAACGUUAACCCGCGAGGUGAAGUGCCAGCCUUGGAUAUCGAUGGCUUCGUUUUGACUGAAAUCACUGCGAUAUGCGAACAUCUCGACGAAAUCGCUAAGGGUGGCAAGUCGCUGUUCGGCGACACGGCGCUUGAGCGGGCUGAGACCCGCAUGUGGCUUCGGAGGAUGGAUCUCGAAUUGGCCCAGCCUGUUAUUGCCUGGUAUCGCAAUGAUCCAGAUACCGUUGGCUUCUACAAAGGCAACAGAAUCCCAACACCUGAGGCUCGCUUGGUACAAAAAGUCACUAUCAACCAGUUCCUGAACCUCCUCGACGAUGAGCUUGAAGGCAAGGAAUACCUCUGUGGAUCACGAUUCUCAGCUGCCGACAUCCACUUUUAUGGACUGCUCAAGAUGAUGGUUAUGGAAGUCGCUCAAUGGUUUCUUAGCCCUGGGCGUAAAAACGUGGUGGCAUACUUUGAAAGGAUGGAUGCGCGGAGGGCUAGUCAGCAGGCUCUUGAGCCAUUCGGAUCUAAGGUUUCGGUACCAAUGUUAAGCACUGGAAUAUAA